UUGAAGCGCCGACGCACCAUACCGCGAUCAGAUUGACUCCCGCGACAGCCGGACGCCAAACGCAUGGAUAGGCCAAGCUCUCCCCGCUCUCGCGCGCAACAUCCUCCGCUCAAUGCACGACUCCUCCCAAACCCGCCGUUAGUCGCUCCAGACACCUUUUAAGGAAAAAAAAAAAAAUAAGACUGCAAGGCGUAAUAGCCCAGCGGUCAGAAAGAAUUUCCACAUUUGGAUCCCCUCCGCGCUCGAUUCCCGCUCGAGUCUCCUUCCGCACGCCAUUAUACGUUCGCACCGCUUUCACACGCCGCCACAUAUCGCACGUCCACAAUGCCCGGCCUCUGUGGCACGCUCGCCGACCCCCCCAAGAACAUGACAGCCCGCGACCGCCUACGCUGGUACGCCUAUUGGCCGAAACGCGUCUUCAGCCGCAACCCGAGAGACCGCGACCCACGAUUCAUCCGACCCGGCGAGAAGAUGCCCCGCCUCAAGUACCGCCGAACCCCCGACCCCGAACACAAGGCGGCUCUCGAGGCGUGGACAUGGGAAGCGGCGUGGAGCGACAAGCCCCCCGAGCUCCGGUACUCACCCCACGGCGACUGCUACUCCCCAAUGGGCACGCGCCUGCCCACCCCACCGACCAGCAUUAUAGGCGUUGAGCUGGAGGAGGAGAAGAAGGAAGAGGAAGAGGAGGAGAGGAAGGAAGAGGAAGAGGAGGAGAAGGAGGACAUGGGAGUGGAGGUGGAUAGUGGAAUCGGAUCGUUGGACUAGAGGUUAAUAGGGGGAAAGGGGAGUCAUUGAUAUUCGGGGCGUCACAGGUAGAUUAGGUGGGAUGAAUAAAUAAAGAGAUUGGGUUCAAGACACAAGAAUGAAGAGAUGGGUGUCUAGCAUCAAGAAUAGAAGGAAGGGAAUGUCAAGACUGUUUGCUUUUUUGUAUAAAAGGGAAGGAGUUGGGAGUUUCUUUUGGCGUUAUCUACAGCUGGGGCGUUCUAAGGUAGCAUGUCCUGAGGCGGGAGGCGGGAGGAGGCGUUUUUUUGGGG